AUGGCCAGCCCGGAGUCCCGGCGCGGCGGGGACGCCACCACCCGGGCCGCGAGGGGAACAAGAGCAGAGGCCAAUUCUCCUCAAGAGGAAAACUCUGAAUCCCUGAAUGAGGAAAGGAUCUUCUACCCAGAAGUUGCUUUAUCUUUGGAGGGGAAUUUGAAUUUAGAGGACAUUUUCUACCUGGGGGGCUCAGGUGGCUUUGAUGAGACACUGUAUGUGGAAGAGACCAAGAGACCUGUGGAACCACUGUAUAUUGAGGAGACUAGGCAGCCAGAUGAAGGCUUGUGCUUUGAAGAGACUGUGAAGCCAGAGGAGACAUUAUCUGUGGAGGAUGUUGGGAAGCUUGAGACACAGUCUGUGGAGAAGAUUGUGAUGCCUGAGGAGACACAGUCUAUAGAGGAGACCGUGAGGAUAGAAGAGACACUAUCUGUGGAAGAAACAGUGACACCAGAAGAAGCAUUGUCUAUAGAGGAAGCUGUGAAGCCAGGGGAGACACUGUCUGUGGAAACUUCGACACCAGAUGAGACACAAUUUGUGGAGGAGACCGUGACACUAGAGACACAAUUUGUGGAGACCGUGACUCCAGAAGAAGCUGAAAAGCCAGGGGAGACACUGUCUGUGGAGGAAAUUGUGACACCAGAGGAGGCAAAAUCAGUGGAGACCCCACCUCCAGAGGAGACACUGUCUGUGGAGGAAGCUGUGAAGCUAGGGAAGACACUAUCCAUUGAGGAGAUUGUGACACCAGAGGAGAUACAGUCUCUGGAGGAGACUGUAAAGCCCAAGGAGAUACUAUCUGUGGAGGAAGCUGUGAAGCCAGAGGAGACAGAGUUUGUAGAAGAUUCUGUGAAAUCAGAAAAGACAAGCCCAGAGAUCAUUUAUGGGGAAGAGACAGGCACUAGUGAGGAGAAAGUAAGCACUGAGGAGUGCCUCAGAGUUGAGCCCAGUCCUGACACUGAGGAGAGCCUGACUGUAGAAGAUCUGGAAUUGUUGGAAGGCCGUUUCCAGCAAUGUAUCCAAGCUGUGUCCCAGCUGGAGGAGGAAAGGGAUCAGCUUGUGCAUGAGUUGGUAUUGCUCCGAGAACCAGCUCUGCAAGAGGUGCAGCAAGUCCAUCAGGACAUCCAGGCGGCCUAUAAAUUGCAUGCCCAAGCAGAGCUGGAGAGGGAUGGGCUACGGGAGGAAAUUCGUCUGGUCAAGCAGAAGCUGUUUAAGGUGACAAAAGAAUGUGUGGCUUACCAGUACCAGCUAGAGUGCCGCCGGCAAGAUGUGGCCCAUUUUGCUGAAUUCCAGGAAGUGCUCACUACCCGGGCAGCCCAGCUCUCGGAGGAACUGGCCCAGCUCAAGGAGACCUAUCUGAAGCAGAAGGAGCUGCUACGGCAACAGCUAGAGACCCCGCCAAGCCAGAGGGAUGGGCAUUUCCUCCAGGAGAGCCGGCGGAUCUCUGCGCAGUUUGAGAAUCUCAUGGCAGAGAGCCGCCAGGGCUUGGAGGAGGAGUAUGAACCUCAGCUUCUGCGACUCCUUGAAAGGAAGGAAACUGCUGCCGAAGCUCUCCAGAAAACACAGGCAGAGAUUCAGGAGAUGAAGGAGGCUCUGAGACCUCUGCAAGCAGAGGCCCAGCAGCUCCACCUGCAGAACCGAAACCUGGAGGACCAGAUCACACUUGUGAGAGAAAAACGAGAUGAGGAGGUACAGCAGUACAGGGAACAGCUGGAGGAAAUGGAAGAAAGACAGAGACAGUUAAGAAGUGGGGUGCAACUUCAGCAACAGAAGAACAAAGAAAUGGAACAACUAAGGAUGAGCCUUGCUGAAGAGCUCUCAACUUACAAGUCAGUUUUUGCUACUACCUAAAUCUCAAUACUGGGUGAGAGGAUGGUGGGAGGAUAGAAGCUGCUGAGGGGAAAUUUCAUUUACAUCAUUCAUGACAAUUUUCUAAGGAC